GAUGCGCCCUCCCGACGACAACCGGAGGUGGCAUAUUCAUUUGAGCACCGCCGCCAGCCACUCUGGAUUCCCUUCUCCACCAUAACGUAUUGAGCAUUGAACCAUUUGGCAAGAGAAGCACAAGACCAAAGCAAACAUGGCCCCGGAAACCAGCGAAAGCGUCGAAAUCACCGCAAGGUGCCUCUGCGGGGCCCACAGCUUCACCACCUCGGUGCCCCGCUCCGACCUCCCGCUCAAGGCAUCCGCCUGCCACUGCACGUCCUGCCGCCACACGACCGGCGCGCUCCACACCACGGAUGCGCCGUGGCCCGGCCCCGCCGACGCGAUCCGCCGCUCAACCACCCUCAGCCGCUACGUCUUCGGGGCGCGCGUCCACGUCCUCUUCUGCGGCACGUGCUCCACGCCGCUGUUCUUCGAGGAGUUCCGCGCUGGGCCGGGGGAACCGGGCGAGUUAGGCGUGUUCACCGGUGCGCUGGGCAACAACGCCCUCGGCGGCGACGACGGGAAGCGACUCGUCAGCGUCGUCGACCACAUCUUCGUCGGCGACACCAUCGACGGCGGGGCGAGCGUGUGGCUCCGCGAGACGGGGGACGGAGCCGCCGGCCGGGCGACGAGGUGGUUCGGCGGGCGCGGCGAGGGCGAGGAGGUGCCGGAGGCGUGGCCGCCCGUCUCGUCGCUGCCGGGUGCGGACGUCAGGUCCGAGGUCGCGGACGUGCCGGUCCGGUGCCGCUGCAGGGGCGUCGACCUGGUCUUCCGGCACGGCGAGCAUCUCGCCGAGUUCGAGGGGAUGUCGCGGGCGGAGCUGCCUUGGUUUGUCGACCCGGUGACGCACAAGACGUUUGCUGGGUUUGAGGGCUGCGAUUCUUGUCGCCUGUCGCUGGGCGCUGAUGUGAUCCAUUGGACGUUUGUGAUGCUGCGCCACCUUGCCUUUUCGGAGGGGACGGGGAGACAGGACUUGCCCGCGUUCCCACGGACGGCGGCUGAUCUGAACGCUGCGGUGUCGGCCCAGAACAGAGAUCCCCGCCUCGGUACGCUCUCGCUGUACGCCAGCUCCCCCGAUGUCCAGCGGUACUUCUGCUCGCGCUGCUCGGCUACCGUCUUUUAUGCGUGCGACGACCGCCAGGAUUACGUGGAUGUGGCGAUUGGAUUGCUGGACGCGCCCGAUGGGGCGAGGGCGGAGAGCAUUUUGAGCUGGUCUUUCGGGAGCACUCCGUCGUGGUUGCAGGAUGUUGCUGGGGGAUGGCGAGAUGGGCUGUUCACGGAUAUCGUGAAGGAGGCUGAAAAAUGGCGGGUCGAAAGGGGCUACCCCAAGAACUGGCGAAGGGUUGAGUUGGAAGAGGCUGAGAAAAAGACAGAGAAGUAGGAAGAGUCCGGAGGGAGAGGAGCCGGGAGGGAAGCGAAUUAGAGACGUGGCUUUGCAUUUCCUCGAGCAUGGAGCCAUCAAGGGGUAGAGCUUGCUUGGAGUUAAAUGCCGAGGCCAUGGUGCUGCUCGAGGAAUUUCAGGUAUUUAAGAAGAACAUGCUUCAGUAGUCAAAGUGAUCUCUUCUAGGCAGUGCCAGAUAUUCUCGACCGGCCGUGGUGUCUCUCCGGAGAGGAGGACAUCCAGCCGCUCGUCGCAAAUCCUUAGGGCUAGAAUGGGCAGAAGGGCAUGUCUAGAACCAGGUAGUCGUGAUAACAAUGAGUGGUGAAA